UCAUCGCUCUCCUUAGCGGCUCCUCUUGGACUCACUCAAAAUGGGUCCGUCUUUUCAACCAGUUCAGAAAUCAAGCUGCAGAGGAGCCCGAAGGUGAUAAUAGAGCAAAUAUGAGAAGACUGAUCGAAGAGGGUAUUGGAGCGGAAACGUACCAAGACGAGCCCAGUGAAGGGUUCUCGCCUCGGGCACUAGAAGCCAGUUCUGAGCAUCAUGAGGAAGGCCCCCGAGUUGUGCAAUCAUCACUACUGGAUAGCGGGAACGAGUGGCGCGAUGAUGGAGAGAGUCACAGGCACUGAAUUUCUGCUCACAAUGUGAAGACAUGGGGAUCUGGUGCAUAUUGUUGGAGCCUGGGGCUGGUGGUGGAUUUAAUCAAGUUCUGUUGGGGGCAUUUGCACCUAUUACGGAGGGUAAAAUGCGAAAAGAGAGAGUUCUCCUUGGUUUCUCCUUUAUAUUCCUGGUAUAUCACUGCCACCUAAUCGGUAAACAGAUACAGGACUUCCGUUCGUCAUGCCUUCUGCAAAUGAGCAUCUUGAAGAUAUCUCGUAACACAAACCCCACGUGCUUCCCCUCCAUCCCCCUCCCGCGACGGGAGUCGCUUGUGGCCUGCACUCAGCCCUGUACAGUGGGGCAGAGCAGCACUUCAAGCCCCGGCGCGAAUCAUGAGUGCAUCUCGCGCUGCACGUCAGUCCAACCCUUCGUCUCUUCGAUACACAAAACCCCCCCGCUGCAUGUACCGCGGAACCCACGGCCGCACCCCAUUCGCGCGUCACUCUCACACGGCCAUACUCGGUCUUCGAAGCACGCUGGCCGUGUAGUGCUGGUUACGGCCGGGCUAUGCCCCUUUGGAACACCGAGUAGGCUAGCCGAGCCUGCCCCACCAAUGACCGCCGCCCUGCCCCCAGCAUCGCCGCGGGCAUUUCACUGCUUGCGGCCUGAGGAGUGCCAGCGAAGCUCGCAGAGCCGCAAGAGCACUUCGCACACCUCCAAGAAGGUGGGCGAGCACUUCAUAAGGAUCCUCCAAACCAUGGUGGGCGGUCAGAUCAGAUCAGAUCAGAUCAGGUCCAGGUCCAGCUCAACUUGCCGCCCCGCGAUGCCCACGACACUGCUUUGAGUGCGACGCUGAACUUGCAGUCCUGAGGAUGAGAUGAAGGAAGGCACGAGUCCGCACGCCGGGCCAGAAUGGCCUGGCAACACCAGGCGCGCGUGGAGGAGGAGGGAGUCCAAGGUUGUCUAUCACACUGCUCCCGGCUACUCAACUCGUCGCAUCCCCAGUCCAGCAUCGUCGCCCAGAGAUUCAGCGCAGCACAAUGAGCGAUAUCAGCCUCCGGCAGUCCAGACCGCCAAUCUGGGAUAUGUCGAUAAUUACUUCCCCGUUCCGAAGCCAGGCGCCGGAAACCAGGACUCGAAUUUUGACAAUGUAAUUCAUCAACAAGGCCCUAGUUCUAUUGAGAACUCAUUCUUUUCUCUUUCCUCUUAUACGUUAGGUCCUAAUCCACCGAGGUCUCCUCAUCUAAUGUUUGAUGGCAACGAU